AUGGUAUUAAAGAGUAUUGUUCGUUAUAUAAUAAAUAAUUAUUUAAAAGAUUAUAUUGAACGAUUAGAUGAUGAAAGAUUAAAACUUGAUUUAAGACAUGGAAAUGUUUCAUUAGAAAAUCUUCAUUUAAAACCAGAAGCUUUAGUUGGAUUUGGUAUUCCCGUAACAGUAGUUGUUGGUUUUAUUGAAAAAUUGUCAAUAGUUAUUCCAUGGAAAAAUCUUCGUUCGAAUCCAACAAAAGUAUAUCUCGAUGGAUUAUAUGUAUUAGUUGUACCAAAAAAUGAAGUACCUCAAGAUUUUCGUGAAUAUCAUGCAGAAAAAAUGAAACGUGUUCAACGUAAAUUGGAUAAUUUACGUAAAGCAACAUUAGAUGAACAUAAAGUUGAAGAAAAAGAAAAAGGUUUCUUUGAACGAACAAAAUUACAAAUGAUGCAAAAUCUUCAUUUAACUUUGAAAAAUUUUCAUAUUAGUUAUGAAACACAAUCAACAACAAAACUUGGACAUCCAUUUUCAUUUGGAAUAACAAUUCAUUCUUUACAAUUAAUUACAACAACAAAUACACAACGAAUUGGAAAAAUCAAAGAACAUACAUAUAUUAUUGCUAAGCUUGAAGAAAUUAAUUCUCUAUCAAUUUAUUGGAAUACAGAUUGUGAAUCAAGAAUUAAUAAACCUUUUCAAUAUGUUGUUGAUGAUCUGAAAUCUAAAAUAGCAACAAAUGAUUUUGUACCAAAAAGCAAUGAAAUGAAUUAUGUUUUUCAUCCAGUAAAUUUAAAAUUUGUAUUAGAAAUGAUAAUGAAAUUUGCAGAACAUAAUUUUGAAAAACCAACAAUUAAAGUUGAUUUUACAAUUGAACGAAUGAAUUUUGAAAUUGAUCCAAAACAAUUAUCUGAUUUACUUGAUUUUGUUAAAUUUCAAAAUUAUAGUGUUUUCUAUGAUCGAUGUCGUGAAUAUCGUCAAUUGUAUUUAAAAGAAUUUCUUUCCAAUUCAACAUUAACACAAGAACAAGAAGAUCGAAUUCAUAUUCUCGAAUCAAAAUUAGAUGUAUUUACAAUGGCAUAUAUAAGACAUAGUAUAGAAUUAGAAAAUAAUCAAUCUUCAAAUGGAGAUACGAAUACGGAAUAUGGCUGGUGGAAUUGGUGGUGGAGUGGAAAAGCAAAACAAACUGAAGAUCAACGUGGUAGAAGUAUAGAAAAUGUAAAUACUACUGAAGAUUUUUUCUCUGAAGAGUCUUUAAAUACUGAUGUUCAAAUAAAAAUACAUAAACUUGAAUUUAAUUUAUUAUCUCCACCAAGAAAAAUCAAACAAAAUAAAAAAAAGGAAAUCAUUAGUCGGAUUAAAAUUGAUAAUACACAAAUUGAUUAUAAACGACGAACUAUAUCGUCGAGUAUUUUACUUGUACUUGAUCUUGGAUAUUUUCAAAUUUAUGGUUUAAAAUCAAAUGAAAAUCAUCGCCCAUUAAUGUUAACAUCCGCAACAAAAUCAUUAAAUUCUUUAAUACAUAUUGAAUUUGAAUUAGCUCCAACUAAUAAAGUAUCCGAUUAUCGAUUCUUAUUAAUAAUGGAACCAUUAACAAUUAUUUACGAUGGUGCAACUAUAAAUGAAAUUGUUGAAAAUUUUGAACCAAUUGAUACUAAAAUUACUUUUACAAAUCCAAUAAUAAAACAACGAACACGUGAAGAAUUGGAACAUGAUGUAUUCAAUCAGAAGAUCUUUGAUAUGACAAUGCAAAUAAAAAGUUUAUCUCUUGUUUCACCAGAAUAUGGAAUUUAUAAACAAAAUUCAAACAUAAUACUUAUUCAAUUCAAUAAUUUUUUGUUAAAAUCAUGUUUUAGUUCUGAUCAACAAGAUGAUGAUACUUUAUUUAAGACGAAUCUAAGCGAAAGACAAUAUUAUGUAAAAUAUAAAUUAAUAUUUAAUGAUUUUAGAAUAGUUUAUUUACGACCAGAUAAAGAUCGAUUAAAUAUAUUAGAAUCAAUUAAAAUCUUUCAAAUGAAUUUUUAUAAAUGUAUUUAUUCAGAUGAAAAUAAUUUAACUGAUUGGCGAAUUUAUAUAAGAAUUAAUGAAAUGGGUAAUAUUGAAUUUUCUAAAAAAACGUUUAAAAAAUUAAAUAGUCAUUAUGAAACAAUUCCAUUAUUUUCUUCAACAAUGUUACAAACAAUAAAUCGAAUUAAUCUAUUUUUUCAAAUAUUUUCUCCUUAUUCAACAAUUGAAUUUUAUAUUUUAAUUCCAAAAUGUUCUUUUAUUAUUUCACGUUCACAAAAAUUAUUUGAAACAGAAUUUCACAGUCAUAUCUUAAAGACAAGAAAUGAAAAUGAAUUUAAUAAAUUUAUUCAAAUUGUUUUAAAAAAUGUUGCAAUGAAAGUUUCUUCAUCUUCAAUAUCAAAUCAAUUAUCUCAAUCAUUUUAUCAAAAGAAUUUUAUUCAAUUAUUAUAUUCGGAUUCUCAUACAAAAUUAUAA